GUGACGUCACUGCUGAAAAAAGGAUAAGAUUGAGUUUUACGUGGGGGGUUUCGGAGCAAGCAGAAAUCGAUCACCCAAGAGAAUUGAAAGUCACUGAAAAUGGCUUCCACGAGCCUUUCAUGGACCUCGUCUUCCUGCCUUCAAAAUCAAAUGCGAACAGGUGGUGCCACGAGGGACAUUGACAGAGCCCGAGGUUUUACGGUUGUGGCACAGAAGAAGGCGAAGAAAAUACGCAAGGUCAUAUUGAAGGAGGAUGUGUCCGAUUUGGGGAAGAAAGGGCAGCUGAUGGAUGUGAAGGCUGGGUAUUUCAGGAAUUUUCUGCUGCCGAUGGGCAUGGCGCAGAUUGUGACUCCCACGUUGCUAAAGGAAAUGAAGAUGGAAGAGGAAAGAAUCGAGGCUGAAAAGAUACGAGUAAAAGAAGAAGCACAGCAGCUUGCACUAGUUUUCGAGACAGUUGGAGGUUUCAAAGUGAAGCGUAAGGGCGGGAAAGGCAAACAAAUAUUUGGAUCUGUGACUGCUCAAGAUGUUGUUGAUAUAAUCAAGGCCCAGCUCCGAAGGGAUAUCGACAAAAGAAUUGUCUCUGUUCCAGAUAUUAGAGAAAUCGGAGAAUACAUUGCAGAGCUAAAGCUCCACCCUGAAGUUACUGCUCGAGUAAGGUUGAUUGUUUACGCCAACUGAGGAGAUGCACAUUCUAAAUCAACCGACACAAAAUUUAUCAAUGGCGGCGAUUUUGUGUGAGGUGUGUUGUUUAUUUUUUAUUAAUCAGAGCAGUUUUUUUUUUUUUUUAAUCGACUAGUAUGUUUUUCUAGCAAUAUUUGGUUAAAGAGAAAUGAAAAGGCAUGUUCAUGUGUUACUUAUAUCUCGUUCUAUGCCUGACCGGAUUCCAUUCUUGACAUAUAUCUCACCUUGAUAUUAGUUUACUUGAAAUGUAUGACAAAUAUUUAGACACAAAUUUCAAUAAGAAUGAGUAAUAAUUGUUGUUUUUUGUC